GUUCUAUCACCAGCAGUGUGGUACCAAAAGAAUACUCUUAAUUCUACAGGACCUGUUGUAUAUAUAAAUAAACAUGUUGAAAUCGAUGCUUCUGCUUUUAUUGUCUGCAUUCCUUGCAUUUGCUUCAGCUCGUCCGGGCUUCUUGCAUGACCAUCACCACAUUGACUAUCCAUUGCUACAUCACGAACCGUUACAUAUCGCUAAAUACGUGCAUGUGCCAGCAGCGGUUUCACAUCAAAGCUCAACUGUCAUACACACAGCUCCACAUCAUAUUGUCAAACCAAUUGUUCUGCCCGUUGUGAAACACGUGGUGCACCCAAUCAUCAAGACAUACCAUCCUGCACCUAUCAUCAAGGCUUAUCACCCACUACCAUUGCAUUUGGAUCAUCAUGCAUAUCAUCAUGACUUCCAUCAUUAUCAUCAUUAAAGUGAUACGAAUUGAUUGAAUGCUUUUACGACAACGGAAAAUGUCCUUUGGUAGCCUUUGAAAUUAUUUUUAGCUUGUAUGAUUUGGUGCUCUUAACAUAUUAUUUAUAUUACAUCAGCCGAUUUUCACGUUUUGUACAUAUACAAAUUUUUUAAUAGUAGAUAACGAAGAAGA